AUGUCGGCCGUGACCGGGGUUUUGGAUUUGGGGUUGCGACAGUCGGCUGGCAAGAGGAUAUACAGCAAGAACGGAUGCAGAGAGUGCAAGCGACGCAAAAUCAAGUGUUCGGAAGACCUACCGGCGUGUGCCCAGUGCGCUCGGUUGAAAAAGGAGUGCUCGUACCCUGAGCCUGGCGAACGCGUUCUUCGAGUUCUGCGAAAGAAACAGAAAUUGCAAAACAACGGAGUCGAUAAUGACACUCCACAUGACGACAGUAUCAAAGUGAUCAAGUCGGAACCGAUUCCUGAGCAGCCUCAACUGCAGAAUUUUUAUUCUGUUAUACCACCUCAUGGGGCAGAACCAAGACCUUCCACGGACCCGAAUUUCAAUCGGAUGGCGCCUCUCGCAAACGCGCAGCAGUUGCCGUACCCGUUACAAGUUCAAGAGAGAGGACAUUCGCCGUCAUUUGCUCCUGCGCCUCCUGCUCCUGCUCCUGCGCCCCCUGCUCCUCCUGCACCACCACCACCACCUCCUCCUCCUCCGCCAGGUGCCGCCCAUUUGCCGGGGAUUCAAGAACCGUUCAACUAUGGCGCACCAAGACCACCUUAUUUCAACCAACCACAUCCUCCCAUGGGCGAGAUUUAUAGGCGAGAAGACCCGUAUGCAAUAAGACUACCGCUUCCCCAGCUAAGCAGCUCAAGAGAUACAUUACUUGGCACCGGUCUCCACAAGAAACUAAACUAUGACUUGCCCAUAAGCAAACUAGCCAGGCCGGCCGCGGGUUCAAGAUUAACGAGCUUACUCAACUCAAGAGGCGAGUCGCCAACAGAUACCAACGGCAAUGGCGCCAUCUUGCCCACCCCGAGCUUGAACCCACCACAGGACGAUCUUGGCGGAUACUUGGACCAGACUGAUUUGAGCGUGCUUGCCAAUGACUUGAAUAAUAUGGUCAAUGGAAUAUUGUACGAGAAGAAUAAUGAAACAACCAUGAGCAAGGAGAUUAACCCCUCGAUAAAGACCAUCCAUGCUGCAGACAGACUCAACCGAAACAUCCCCGUUGACUUUAUCAAGUUGGAAAAUGAAGUAGAUCAAGUGUAUUUGGAGGAGUUUUAUCAUAGAUUUGCCAAAAUUGUCUUGCCGUUCUCCUCCUUUGACACUAGAACAAAGAGCUAUUUCAAUCCUGCACGAGAUAUCCUCUUGUGCAGCGCCGCCGAUUCAAAAUAUGUCUUGGCUGCACUAUUGGCCUUUGGCGCUAGAUCAAAAUUCAACACCUCAAGCAAGCGAGAAGAUGAAGAUUACUAUUAUUUGUAUUUACUUGAUUGUGUCAAGUUACUUGGACCGGCAAUUGCCGACGACAAGACAUUGGGCUCCAAAAUUGAAAGCGUGCUCCUCACCGUGCUUUUACUUGCCGCGGCCAACGCAGCUAACCCCAAACAGGACUGGAGACCCCAUUUAAAAGGAGCAAAGGACUUGUUGCGCAAGAUUUCAAAAAAAACCAGCCAUUCGAAAAUAUUCAUCUUUUGCAAGAGCUGGUUCGUUACUUUGGAAGUACUAGCGGGUAUCAGCUCGAACAGGGGAGGCACGUUGACCACAGAAGACGAAGUUGAUGAAUUGAUCAAUUCGGGAAGUGCCCAUGAAAAGCGGGUCUUGACCGAUUUGGGGAUCAUAUUGGAGAAUGGGUUCAACAUCUUGGCAGGGUACCAUAACGACUGCUACGACUAUUUCGGCCAGUUGAUCAAGAUAUUGAACAGAAAGCGGGCAAACAUACUAAACACGCGAAACUCGACCGAGUAUAUCAAAUUGUUGGCCGAUCUACAACGACAAACUGAAAUCCAGUUCACGGGAAAUGCAGCAAUACCGGGGAACCCCACCGUGCUAGUGGAUCAGAUAAACAAUGACGCGACUAUCUCCUGGAUGGACGUGAGCCAUCAGUCGUAUAUCCAGGCUGCCAUGAUUAUCGUUCUUUCAUCCUGUUUUGAAGAGCCCUACGACUCUCCGCAGGUGCAAGUUUUGACCGACUGCAUACUCCGGCAAAUUCUGUUUAUUCGAGACUAUAAGCCCACCGCCAGUAGCAAAGCAGAAACGGGGCUAAUGAUGAUCCAAUGGUCGGCGCUUGUUGCGGGAACCCAUCUUGUGGCCGAGAAAGAUAAGCAGACCAUACGAGAUUUCUUUGAGAUGCUGUCCCGGGUAGGCUCGGGCGGCGCGUUGAUCGCCUUGAAACGAGUCGAGCGGUUGUGGGCUAGAAGAAGCGAUCCCAAUUUAUCCGACGACGGCAACGAAUCAGAGGAUCUAGUGUCUUAUUAG